AUGUACCAAAAGCUGCAACCACGUGUUUCUCCCGUGUACUUUUAUCAAGCCAACUUAUUGCGAUCAUUGCGCUUCAUUGAUGUGGGGGGUUGUCUUAGCACCCUUCACUAUUAUUGCAUAUCUCUCUCGACAAAAGAAAUAUCCAAUUCAGCAUCUUUUCUUGAGCCAUCGCGAUCCGACGCACUGCUAAAUCUGGAUCCACUAACUCUCGAUGAAACCCUCAAUUGGGUUGAACAAGUCUUUCAAAGCUCAAACAUUUCCCAAGAUGGCCUAUUGCCUCCAUCAAAAGAAGUGUUUCCAUCCACCUCAUCCACGCAGCUGGGAUCAUCUUUCCCGUUUGCACCCCCACUUUCCGGCGGAACCUCAGAACUGCAAAUGUCCUUUUUCCAAAAGACCCUGUACAAAACUGCCAUAGCAUACAAGGUUUCUCGCUGCAAAUCGCGCAAAGCAGCAAAGCUGAACUUGAUCACUACUUUGCCGAUGAACUUUAUACGGAUGCUUUAUAGAAUUGUAUUUCUGAAGGCUAUAAAAUAUGAAUUCCCAGCAUCCAGCGUACCGGUUGUUGAGAGCGAAUCUGCCUUGAACAGUGUCAAAUCUCUCCGUAAGGCCCUCGAGAUAGACAUUCCCAUUCGAAGGAAUAUGACGGAACUGCAAAACAUGAUGGGCGAUUUUGCGGACGCCGUUGAUCAACUUCUAUGCACGCUCGCAUACUAUAUGCUGGAGGAGGAUCUCGCUCAUAUCAUCUUGCGGUGGAUGAUAUUGAUUUUCGCAUUUAUAUCCUUUUACAUGACUUCAAAUUUUCUCUCCACCAAUGCGCUUUUUGCUACUGCAGGCACGGCCCUGCUCGCAUACUGCCAUCCUUGGAUCAGAUGCUUCGUUAGCUCAUUUCUUAUGGUUACCAUGGACUAUAUGUACACGACAAAUUCUCAUCCGCACAUCUGA